AUGAGCGAGAAGAUAAACUCGAGCAGGGGUUCGUACGAAGUGUUCAAUGCUGUCGAUGAGUUGGUUGCCAAGCCUGUUCUGGGAAGUGACGGGGCAGCCGCCUGGCAAUCUUUUCGCAACGACAAAUCCGUCCUGAAGCAUGCGUAUCGGUCCACGCCUUCGGUGGCACCAACGGCCCCCCUGAAAGCUGCGGACCGAGCAUCAGGGAUGAAGUCGUGGCAAGACGAACGCAAGGUCGAGGCAAAGACGCGGCAAGAGACUGGAGCGGCCGAGAUCAACGCGGGCUACACAAACUUUCAGCGCAAAGGAGGUGACGAAGAAGCAAUCUCGCGAAAGAAACGGAAGCAAAUUGAGUCCAGGAUACGUCCAGAGGAUGUCCCGUAUUGUCUUCCAGCCCCAACCUUUCAAGGUUGGAAGUUUGAUUACGUGUUUACCACCAGAGAUCGAAAAAGUGGCUACUACUGGGAUGGAACGGAUUCUGUCAAACAGCUUCGUGGCGACGUUCUUCCAGAGAUAGCUCCAAGGAUAGUAGAGGAUUUCGAGAAUCCCACUCCCACUGACGAAUUAGAAGGACUUGCCAAGGAGCGGAAGAAAAGGAAGAAGCAAGGACCGGUUUUUGUUCACGAUCCGAACCAUCCAUUGGAACAAGUCUCCGCCGCUUUACGGCGUUCGCAUCCCGCGCUUCCGUUAGGAUGGGAGGCUGCGAAAGAUCGUGCGACGGGGAAGACGUAUUACUUUAAUCGAACAACGUCACAACGUCAGUGGGAACCGCCUCCGGCAUUACUAGGCAAAUUUACCGAGGAGGGUACGGAUACUCCAAAGCUCGUUGCUGGAUGGGACACUGCAGUAGAUUCGGCAUCAGGAAAGACGUACUAUUACAAUGUGGUAACAAACGAGACAAAAUGGGACCGACCAACUUAA